AUGACCUGCACUUUCCAUGUCAUGCACCAGCGUACCUGCCACACCAAAGAAAAGCGCGAGGCACCUUUGUUCUAAACCGCACAUGGCCAUCUCUUUAUUCGUGCUUCCCAUGCACUAGCUCGUCGGUCUCGUCUACUUCACAUCCUAUCAUUUCAUACCUGAUCUACCAACCUGCUCCCUACGUAUACUCCAACCUUACUCAUCCCGAUGCAGCGAAUGCCAGACAGGCUGAGUGUCGGCAUCAUUCCGGAACAGCGCCUGGAUAUCGCCAACACGUCUUUACACUGGCUCUUUGGCAAGGACGGUGGAUACGUCACCCGGCUCAACGACGCCUACGCGCAAGAUACACUGGACGACAACUUCCCAUCUGCGAAAUCAGAAGCAAGAAUCGUGAGGGAGAUAGGAGACUGGAUGCAGUCGCAAGAAUGCGAUGAGUUCUGGGCACCUCGGGCGCGGCAGCCUCGUCGCGCGCUUCCAACUGCAAAUCAACUAAUCGAACAACUUCAUGACGACAAAAUCAUACCAGAUGUCUUUCAAAGUAAAAUCGUCGCCUGCGAGACGAUUCUCCAACUCAUCGCUUUGCAGUUGCUAGCAGCGUGCUAUACCCUCUCGCCCCCUUCGAGCGCCAAUCACAUUCCAUUGUUCCAGCAGCACAAAGAGAGAAGAUUCAUAACAGCCCUGCGCUCACAUUCUCAUCACCGGUAUUCUCCAGCCGCUGGUCACCAAGCCCGCCCACCUUCCGAGACUGAGUCAUGGCCUGGGCUCUAUACGGGGCCUUCGGCCGAAGAGAAGCUGGCGCAAUACGUCAGUCAGAGGCGUAAGAUACGCAAGCAAAGCAGCGGUUAUAUACCAUGCUUCACUGAGAGCGGAUGGACAGACGGGCCGCCAGCGAUGGCCACACGCGAAGAUUCACGGAGCACCUUAUCACGAGAAAGCUCCAGUUCAUCAUCUGAACCUGGGUUCUUCUCCAAAUUGAUAUGUCAGGCAGCAGUACCGAAGAACUACCGGCGAAAGCAUGACACCAUGUUCUUUAGUCGGAUGCCUUCGAAACAAAAAAAGCAGAAACGAACACAAUUUGAAUACGAGCCAGACUAUCGCUCCGAACGUCGAAAAGUUAGUUCCCAGCCCGUUCAACGUAUACCCUCGUUACAUCGUCUUCGGCAUACACAGUCUGCUCUGUGCAUCGCAGUAGAAGCAGACCAAGAAGAAGAGGUACCUGUCGAAAGCCCACAUGACGGGAAACGUCACCCCUCGGACCCGUCGAUUGGCAGUAUUCUUACCUACACUUUCCAAAUCCCUGAGGUACGACGCACCUCUGUUACACCAAAUUCCAAUUGGGGUCCGGCUUCCUCAGAGGAGGGCAUGAUGCGUGCUUGUGGACGAGGAGAUCUCAUCGCCACACGGGACUAUUUCGACGAUAUGCCGGAGACACCAGACAAUGUACGUCACCAGCAGUCGAGGUGGAAGAUACCUCAUUGGCGCCACAAGCUUACUGGCUCCCCACCACUACCCGCCACUAUGUCAUCUAUACAGCCCAUGGCCACCACACCAGCUGUUGAUUACUUCGCCCAAGUCUAUACUGACAAGCACAUCACUCACCAAACUGACGAUCCCGAGAUCGCAGCGAAAGAACAUGGCGAUGCUGGUCCCGAGAUCGAAGAUGACUCAAGGCUGCGGAAGAUGUUGGGAAACAUCGUGACUCCGGCCAGCGACGACGAAUCCAGUGACAGUGAUAUGGAACGGACCAAGAAAAGAAAAGGCAUCCAAGAAUCAGAUAUUACAGCUUUUGAGGUCGCAGAACGGUUUCGAGACAAGACAGGAGAUGGGUGGGAACAUACAAGGGUCAAAGUGCUUUGGUGAUGCCACAGACGAACACAUGAUAUGCGUGUAGG